AUGGGAAUGCUUUUAUCUCGUGUUCUCGGAGCCCAGCCAACGCCAGAUGUGAGUACUAAUCAGGCAACACAAUUCUUACCAUUUAAUCCAGACGAACCAGACUGUGACAUAGAUGGUCCCAUGAAGAGGCCAUAUUCGAGGAUCCUACGUGAUGAAACAAAUUUAUGCUUCUCUAGGGCCACCAUCACAGACUGGUACAGUUAUUGCCGGGAAGUAGUCGUAACUUAUUAUUUAGAAAACCAAGAGGUAAAAGGAAAAAUAGGUGGCCUUGGAAAAAUAGUACAAAUAGGUGAAAGUAAAUUCGGCCGGCGCAAAUAUAACAAAAGAAGAAGAGUUGAAGGGCACUGGGUUCUAGGUAUGAUAGAAGAUGGGAGCGAGGACAAGCGCUUGGAGGUGUGCCCGGACAACGUGCGGUCUGCAGAGGUCCUGGUGCCCCUGAUAAAAAAAUCACAUUCGUUUAUGAAAUUAAUUGAGGCAAUCAAUUAUAUAUACAAACCUUAA